UUGAAAUUUUAUGUAAAUACUCGUAGCGGUAGCGUUUUCAUUCCCUAGUGAUUUGGCGCGACACGCCUUAGCAACUCCCCGAGAAAUCUAGACUCUACUAACGAACGUUCCACAUUUCGCUUGCUACUACUUUCCACACUCGAUAUUUUCGCGACGCAUCUUCAACUCUUACUACCGAAACCGCUCAACGUCCCUUCCCUCCAUUCUUCGCCUUCAUUCCUCAGCCCUAAUCAAAACCCUAAUAAUAACUUUCCUUCCCAUUCCUUCAUUUUCCGAUUACUUUUUCAGAGCACAUCGAAAGUUUUGAGAUUUCUUUUCGGAAUUUCUUCUGAAGUAAGCAAGAUGUGGGGUCAGCCGUACAGAAAGAGUGACGUGGAGGCCGGGGCCAGUCCUCUGUAUCCGAUGAUGCUCGAGAGCCCGCAGCUACGGUGGGCCUUCAUUAGGAAAGUUUAUUCAAUCCUAUCCUUCCAGUUGCUGGCGACAAUCGCGGUGGCCUCCGUCGUGGUUUCUGUCCAUCCGAUUGCGCAUUUCUUUGUUAGUACUGGGACCGGCCUCGCACUCUACAUAGUCCUCAUUAUUAUGCCAUUUAUUGUUUUAUGCCCCAUGUACUACUACCACCAGAAGCAUCCGGUGAAUUAUCUUCUUCUUGGGAUUUUUACCAUCUCUCUUGCUUUCGCUGUUGGAUUAACUUGUGCUUUCACCAGUGGGAAGGUUAUUCUGGAAUCAGUUAUUCUGACAACUGUAGUGGUCCUGAGUCUUACUCUGUACACAUUCUGGGCAGCAAGGAGAGGCCAUGAUUUCAACUUUCUUGGUCCCUUUUUGUUUGGUGCUGUCCUUGUUCUCAUGGUAUUUGCCUUGAUCCAGAUUCUCUUUCCAUUGGGCAGAAUUUCUGUUAUGAUCUAUGGGUGUCUGGCUUCAAUCAUAUUCUGUGGGUACAUUAUAUACGACACCGACAACUUAAUCAAGCGUUUCUCAUAUGACGAGUACAUUUGGGCUGCAGUGUGUUUGUAUUUGGAUGUCAUUAAUCUCUUCCUCUCGUUGCUCACUGUCUUCAGGGCUGCUGAUACCUAAGAUAAUUGUUGAAGUUUCGUACAUCUUAUCUGUUAAUGGAUUAUGGGAGACUUGUUAUCAAUAUGCGGCCAAGUUGUUUUCCCCGUAUCUCUUUCUGCGGUCCUACCUUGUGAGGUACAGGGAAAUGCCAAUAUUUUGAGAAAAUCUGUUAAUACUGAUAAAUAGUUGACAACAUUUUGUAAAUCUAGCUAUUGCUGAAAAUGAUUUAUAGCAAUAUGAUGCAAAAAUGAAUGCUCUGGCUUUGGCUGA